GUAGAGAAUGUUGUUGCGGAAAAGAACAUCAUGCAAAAGGUGUCGCAUCCGCUGAUUGUCAAUCUUUCGGCGUCGUUUAAAGACCCCUCGUAUGCGUAUCUGGUCAUGGACUUCUUAGUAGGCGGUGAACUGUUUACACUAAUCAAACUAAGUCGUCGAUUCAGCGAAACUAUCACCCGGUUCUACAUAGGCGAG